GUCACGAUGUACGCACUCACAGAAUGUGCACCGGUGGUGCACGUGACGGUGCACAAAAAAAGCCUCCCGAGGGUGUUCGCACAUGAUCUCAAUUCAUAGGCAUGUCAUGUCGCAGCAUUUCAAAACCUCGUCUUUCUUGGGAUUGUACAAAUUUAUCUUGCAAAUUUCACUUUGUAAAUUUCCUUGUCGUUCUGUUGUCGUCUUUUUACGGUUCUCGUUUCGGCUUUUUCAUUCACUGUGCCAAUUUUCAGUCACAAGUAGGUAUCAAAUGACAUGCAAGCGGUGAUCGCUCUUUGCCAUUUUUGUGAGAAUCACGGGCCAAGGGUGAUGAUGAUCACCCAGCCAAUGCGUAGUGUACAGUUGCCGUCCAGCUCAAUUUCGGUUACGAAUACUGCUUGUCAAGUCCCUGAUCAUCAUGACAAUGAUCGACCUAUUUAUUAUGGAGAUUGCACACCUGAAAUACUCGUGGAUCCUGAAGAAAGAUGUAAUGCUUGCACAUCGUUUGGUAAUAUAAAUCAGCCAUGUUUAUUGUCGAAUGAUCACGAGAAUAGAACGAGUUAUAUCAGCACGCAAAUUCCUUUGAAAGAACGAGUAUAUGAACGCGUACGGAAUGCUUGUCUCCGUUCCUUGAGCUGUGAGAUAUCUGCACCGCAUAAAGGAACUUCAUCACCAUUGAAACUUGCUGGCACUCCUGCAUUACGGGUAAAUAGUCUGCGGAGGGAUGGUACAAUGGAUCCAUUGGAGGACAGCGGAGAUACUGAUGUUGACGGGCCUGUUUUCUUCGGCGACUCUGAUAAUGGUUAUUGCUUCUCGCUUACAUUUAGAUUACGUGAUUCUAAAGCGCGCGGUUUUCUUCGAUUGUACUCUUUCAUCGUGGUCAGCAACGACAUGACGUACAUAAUUAAUAAUUAUGAAUUUUUUCUCCAAGCACUAACAGCAGUGAAAGAAAAAUUACAGAGUAUGGCAGCAGCAAUAUUUGAAAGCGAAAUGGAUCAAGAAGAUGCGAUGAGACCACAGUACGCAAGUAUGGCCGGUCGCUUACCGACGGGUUGGUUUAGGCCCAGUGACAGAAAUGGGAGACGGGUAGCAAUUGACACUAAGCGAAAUCUACAAACUAUUACUGGUGAUGACACUAUCUGGAACCGAUUGCACAGGCAAAUGAUGUGGACGCUGCGCACUGAGAUCCUCCGGUACUGUGACCACGUUCUGGAAGGAGUACCAACGCAGGAUAUGCUGGUGAUGAUGGAAAUGGAACCGGCCGACAUCUUGGAAUUGGAUCUGGCACAACCGAAUCAACAUGAGGUAACGCUACAACAGUUGGCGAAUUUGAAAUUGGCGGCGAAGUUGUUGUACGAGGGGAAUGAGGCCGAUCUGGAUUUGGUCAUCAAACAGAUCAUCACUGGAGAACAGCUGGUUGUGGAGAGUCCUGAUCGACUUUUGGCCAAGCAGCUGAUUCUGGCAUUGUCGAACCUUCUACCUAUUGGGUGUCUGAAAGUGUUAACCUAUAGCGACACCUAUGAAUCUAAGUACAACCUCCUUGGUGGUGCACUAGACAUCGACAUCCCUCUCGAUGCGAACGUCCUUGUGCUUCGCAUUCGCGCUGAUGACCCAUCAUUUGCCUUAAACGGGUCCCUAGAAUCGUGUAGUAUCGAAGUUAGACGGCGGCCAGCUCCGAACACUCGGCAUCCAAAGUUAUUGGAUCGAUAUAGGCAACUUUUGUUGGACAACGAGGUCUAUGACACGGUACUUGAAGCGACUCUACGUUCUACUCGGGAACAUUGGGUGUCGAAAGCGAAACUGAUCUACCAGAUAUCGCGUCAAAAAGAAAUUACACCGACUCUGAACAUUAGCAACGUUUUCCAAAUUGUAAGAGGAUGUUCUGAGCAGGAUCGUGAUGUGCUGACAUUCUGGCAGAAAGGUCUUUCGAAAGUCUACAAGGAGUCUGUGAUUGCCACCAUCCAUCAGCUUCCCCACUAAAAAUCGCGUAAAGUCCGCAGCUACGUCCGGUAGGACCCAGCGCGCGUUCACAUCAUCGAAGCGGGUAAGGCGUCUUGGACGCCGUUCGAUCUCUUCUAGCUUGUUUCUGUGUUUCUCCAUUAUAAUCACAAGCAAUCCCUUCUUCCUACCGUAUACCUGCUGGUCUCGUAACCAUGAGCUUUGCUUCCUAAAUCAAUACAAGUCAUCAAACCCUGGCUGUCUUAACGAAAACUUACUGUAGAUCAUAAAUGUGAUGUAAAUGUUUAAGUUAACAUAGUCCAUCGCUGUACCUUGUUGUGUACCUAGUCUACUACUUUAUACGUGCAAAAGAAAACAAAAUUCUAGCAUAGAGACCGUCGUCGAAAAGCAAUUUUUCCUGUUCCCCUGCCCUAGUGAUAAUUAUAUUUUUUUACGUCUAUGAAAUGGGUAAGUGUCACAUUGUAUUAUGAUGUUGU